AUGGCGGAGACGUACGAUGUCGGGACGAGAGCCUGGCAACCCGAUACAAACGAAGGCUGGGUUGCUUCCGAGGUGAUCAACAAGAAGGUUGACGGUUCCAAAGUGAUCCUCACCUUCAAGCUCGAGAAUGGCGAGACCAAAGAAGUCCAGGUCACCCUGGAGGCACUCCAGAGCGGCAGUGACCCUUCAUUACCACCAUUGAUGAAUCCUACGAUGCUCGAAGCCAGUGAUGACUUGACGAAUCUUUCCCAUCUAAACGAACCAGCCGUUCUGCAAGCUAUCAAGCUUCGAUAUGCACAGAAAGAGAUCUACACAUACUCAGGAAUAGUCCUGAUAGCCACGAACCCCUUCGCGCGCGUCGACUCCCUCUACGUUCCGGGCAUGGUUCAGGUCUAUGCAGGCAAGCAGAGGGCAACCCAAGCUCCCCAUCUGUUCGCUAUUGCCGAAGAAGCGUUCAUGGAUAUGUUGCGAGAUAACAAGAACCAGACCGUUGUCGUUUCGGGAGAAUCCGGUGCCGGAAAGACCGUCAGUGCUAAGUACAUCAUGCGGUACUUUGCGACAAGAGAAUCACCAAACAACCCUGGCGGCAAGUCCAAGAAGGGCGCCGAGGCCAUGAGCGAGACCGAGGAGCAGAUCCUGGCAACAAACCCGAUCAUGGAGGCGUUCGGUAACGCCAAGACGACCAGGAACGACAACUCGUCUCGUUUCGGCAAGUAUAUCGAGAUUAUGUUUGACGAAAACACAAACAUCAUCGGCGCAAAGAUAAGGACAUACCUCUUGGAGCGAUCGAGGCUUGUGUUUCAGCCUCUCAAGGAGCGCAAUUACCACAUCUUCUACCAGCUCGUGGCCGGUGUUAGUGACCAGCAGAGGCAGGAACUCGGAAUCCUUCCCAUCGAGGAGUUCGAGUACCUCAACCAGGGCAACACGCCGACAAUAGACGGAGUAGACGACAAGGCUGAGUUCAUGGCGACAAAGGCCUCCUUGAAGACUAUUGGUGUAAACGACUCUCAACAGGACGAGAUUUUCAAACUGCUUGCUGGUUUGUUGCACCUGGGUAACGUCAAGAUCACUGCCUCACGGUCCGACAGUGUGCUCGCGCCAACAGAACCCUCGCUGGAGAAGGCUUGUGCCAUCCUGGGCAUCGAUGCCACCGAGUUCGCCAAGUGGAUCGUCAAGAAGCAGCUUGUCACCAGGGGUGAGAAGAUCACGUCCAACUUGUCCCAGGCCCAGGCUGUCGUCGUCCGAGACUCCGUCGCCAAGUUCAUCUACUCUAGCCUGUUCGACUGGCUGGUGGACAUCAUCAACAGGAGCUUGGCCACAGACUCGGUUAUACAGCGGGUCAAGUGCUUCAUUGGCGUGUUGGAUAUCUACGGUUUCGAGCAUUUCGCCAAGAACUCAUUUGAGCAGUUCUGCAUCAACUACGCGAACGAGAAGUUGCAGCAAGAGUUCAACCAGCAUGUUUUCAAGUUGGAACAGGAAGAGUAUCUCAAGGAGCAGAUCGACUGGACUUUUAUCGAUUUUGCGGACAACCAGCCAUGUAUCGACCUCAUUGAGGGCAAGCUGGGUAUUCUUUCACUUCUAGACGAGGAGUCAAGACUGCCCAUGGGUUCCGAUGAGCAGUUCGUGACAAAGCUGCACCACCACUACUCCGGCGACAAGCACCAGUUCUACAAGAAGCCCAGAUUUGGCAAGUCUGCUUUCACAGUCUGCCACUACGCUGUCGAUGUCACUUACGAGUCUGAGGGCUUCAUCGAGAAGAACCGUGAUACAGUGCCAGACGAACACAUGGCAGUUCUGAGGGCUUCGAGCAACAAGUUCCUCGGCCAGGUUCUCGACGCAGCUGCAUCUUUGCGUGAAAAGGAUCUCGCUUCCACCUCGACUGCCGUAGCUAAGCCCACAGCCGGCCGCAAGAUUGGUGUCGCUGUUAAUCGCAAGCCGACACUCGGAGGUAUCUUCAGGUCUUCGCUGAUUGAGCUCAUGAACACAAUCAACAACACCGAUGUGCACUACAUCAGGUGUAUCAAGCCCAACGAGGCGAAGGAGGCUUGGAAGUUCGAGGGCCCCAUGGUUCUCAGCCAGCUUAGGGCCUGUGGUGUUCUUGAGACGGUCCGCAUUAGUUGUGCUGGUUAUCCUACAAGAUGGACCUACGAGGAGUUCGCCCUCCGGUACUACAUGUUGGUCCCUUCAAACCAAUGGACGGCGGAAAUCAGACCUAUGGCAAACGCCAUCUUGACCAAGGCACUCGGCGAGAACUCUGGCAAGGGGACGGACAAGUACCAGCUUGGUCUUACCAAGAUCUUCUUCCGCGCCGGCAUGCUUGCCUUCCUGGAGAACCUCAGGACAAGCAAACUCAACGACUGCGCGAUCAUGAUUCAGAAGAAUCUGCGUGCCAGAUACUACCGCCGCAGGUUCCUUGCCAUCCGCGAGUCCAUCAUCCGCCUGCAAGCUACUGUCCGGGGUCACAAGGCUCGCAAGGAGGCUCAGGAUCUGCGCGUUACCAAGGCCGCUACUACCAUCCAACGAGUGUGGCGUGGACACAAGCAAAGGAAGGCGUUCUUGCGCAUCAAGAACGAUCUUACCCUCGCCCAGGCUGCCAUCAAGGGCUACCUGCGCAGGAAGGAGAUUAUGGAGACUCGUGUAGGCAAUGCUGCCCUCCUCAUCCAGAGGGUAUGGCGCUCAAGGAGGCAACUCAGGUCGUGGCGCCAGUACCGUAAGAAGAUUGUCCUCAUUCAGAGCUUGUGGCGUGGAAAGACUGCCCGCCGUGGCUACAAGAAGGUCAGGGAAGAGGCUCGCGACCUGAAGCAGAUCUCGUACAAGCUCGAGAACAAGGUCGUCGAGUUGACGCAGUCGCUGGGUACCAUGAAGACCCAGAACAAGGACCUCAAGAACCAGGUCGAGAACUACGAGAACCAGAUCAAGUCGUGGAAGAGCAGGCACAACGCACUCGAGCUCAGGACAAAGGAGCUGCAGACCGAGGCCAACCAGGCCGGCAUUGCUGGCGCCAAGCUGGAGCAACUGGAGGAUGAAUACAAGAAGCUUCAGACCAACUUUGACGAGUCGGUCGCCAACGUCAAGAGGAUGCAACAGGCCGAGGCAGAACUUAAGGACUCGCUCCGAGCUACCACGACGGAGCUUGAGGCGGCGAGGGAGGACAUCAACCGUUCCGAGGCUGAGAAGAACAACCUCAGGCAACAACUCGCCGAGCUCCAGGACGCUCUCGAGAUCGCCAGGAGGUCCGCCCCAGUCGGCAACGGAGAGCUCGCCAAUGGCGCUGCGCCUACGCCGUCGCUUGCCAACGGCCUCAUAAACCUCGUGUCGGCCAAGAAGCCCAAGCGGAGGAGUGCCGGCGCCGAGCCCAGAGAGAUGGACAGGUACAGCAUGGCCUACAACCCCCGCCCGGUCUCUAUGGCCGUUACCGGCGGUGGCCGACAGACUCUCUCUGGCUCGACGUUUGUUGCCAGCGCCGAUACCAUCGAGAUGGAGCUCGAGUCGCUGCUUGCUGACGAGGAGGGCCUGAACGACGAGGUCACCGUCGGCCUCAUCCGCAACCUCAAGAUUCCGUCACCCAACACCAACCCUCCGCCAUCGGACAAGGAGGUUCUCUUCCCAUCCUACCUCAUCAACCUGGUCACCUCGGAGAUGUGGAACAAUGGGUUUGUGAAGGAGUCGGAACGCUUCCUGGCCAAUGUCAUGCAGUCCAUCCAGCAGGAGGUCAUGCAACAUGACGGAGAGGACGCCAUCAACCCCGGCGCCUUCUGGCUGUCCAACGUCCAUGAGAUGCUUUCAUUCGUGUUCCUCGCCGAGGACUGGUACGAGGCCCAGAAGACGGACAACUAUGAGUACGACCGUCUCUUGGAGAUCGUUAAACACGACCUCGAGUCUCUCGAGUUCAACAUCUAUCACACCUGGAUGAAGGUGCUCAAGAAGAAGCUGCACAAGAUGAUCAUCCCCGCCAUCAUCGAGUCGCAGUCGCUGCCCGGCUUUGUGACUAACGAGAACAGCCGGUUCCUGGGCAAGCUGCUCCAGGGCAACUCUACUCCUGCCUACAGCAUGGACAACCUCCUCAGCCUGCUUAACAGCGUCUUCCGCGCAAUGAAGGCUUACUAUCUGGAGGACUCCAUCAUCACGCAGACGGUGACGGAGCUGCUGCGCCUGGUGGGCGUCACGGCCUUCAACGACCUGCUGAUGCGCCGCAACUUCCUUUCGUGGAAGCGUGGCCUGCAGAUCAACUACAACAUUACCAGGAUUGAGGAGUGGUGCAAGAGCCAUGACAUGCCUGAGGGCACCCUCCAGCUUGAGCACUUGAUGCAAGCAACCAAGCUUCUUCAGCUCAAGAAGGCUACUCUGAACGAUAUUGAGAUUAUUCAGGAUAUCUGCUGGAUGCUUUCUCCCAACCAAAUCCAGAAGCUGCUCAACCAGUAUCUGGUUGCCGACUACGAGCAGCCUAUCAACGGCGAGAUCAUGAAGGCUGUCGCUUCCAGGGUAACGGAAAAGAGUGACGUGCUUCUUCUGCAAGCCGUAGACAUGGACGACAGCGGUCCUUAUGAGAUCGCCGAACCCAGGGUGAUCACUGCCCUGGAGACCUAUACCCCAUCUUGGCUUCAAACUCCUAGGCUUAAGCGUCUUGCCGAGAUCGUCUCAGCGCAGGCUAUUGCCCAGCAGGAGAAGAUGGACAUGCAAGAAUACGACGGCGAAGAAGACGAGGGUGAGGAUGAUCAGCAGCAGCUUGGACAGGUCGACGAGGCACCAGAGCCCAUCGGCGCCAGCGCAUAG